GAGCAACAGCGCGCCGGUAACAACCAGCCCCGUAUCCCCUCCCUCUGUACCCCAAGCUAGGAUUUUUAAUCCCCACUUCUCCCUUCACAGUCCGGGACAAGACUUCCAUUCCGUCGUUUGUUGCUGGUAUUUUUUUUCCUCAUGUGACGCGAGGGGCCGGCCCCUGCCUGGGGCGGAGGUUACUGGGAAGCUCCCGCCUUCUGACCCCUGCGGGCCCGCGGUUGAGAGGGACCCUCCCGGCGCUCUUUUGCACUCACUGGGGCUCGUGCUCGCUUUGGGCGCUCGCCCCAAAUGAUCCUAGCGGAAAGGACGUGCUUUUUCUGGGUUUCAGCAGAGACGGAGUUUUGCCAUGUUGUCCAGGCUGGUGUCGAAAUCCUGAGCUCAAGUGGUCUGCCUGCCUCGGCUUCCCAAAGUGCUGGGAUUACAGGUGAGGCUGCUGUCAGAAAGGAACUUUUACACAGUUUGCCUUCAGAGACAGUCUAUCAGCAUGUUGUAGAGUUUUAUUACUAAGAAAAUAAAUGUUACUUAUAUGAUGGUUUUACUCAGCAUUUGGUGUGGUGGAUCUUACAUAAACCUUUAGAACUUACAUCAGAGUGUUCAAGUCUUCUGAGACUCCAGAGUCACCUAAGAUUGUGGUGGUGCCAUGCAGCAAGAAGCAGAGAGAUGCAGAGUUAGAGCCAGAAGGCCUGACAUGGCACUUUAUGUACCUAAAGCUCGUAGGGGUGCAGUACUCCUUAAGACAGGUGAUGAAGAAGAAAGCUGUGGUUCAUCUAACUCUGUGGUGAAAGAAAAGCAAAAAGAAAGUUCUCUCUCCCAAAAAGAAGUCUUUAAAGACAAACUGGAGGCUCAGAGACUAAGUAUCAAUCCUGAUAGAAAGGAGCAUAAUUGUAGAGAAGGAAAGAAAUCUUCAACAAAAUUAAGAAUGGACACAUGCCUUCAAAAAACAAAUAGAGUUUGUUCUAAGAGAGGAACCACUGAAUCCAAAGAAGUAUUAUCCCAAGGACAACAGCAGGGAGCCCCAAAUGCUGGGGUUAUAACUAAUGCACCUUUACAGAGACAUUUUAAACCAAAGAAGGUGGAGUGUUUGGAAGUUGAAACUACAGAUGUGACAGGACAUGAGAGGAUACUUCUUUCACAGGCCUGUUUAGAAAUCAGUGAGGCUCAAGUUCCAAGCAAACCAUUCCAAAAUGUGGAAUUCUGUGACUUCAGUAGGCAUGAACCUGAUGGGGAAGCAUUUGAAGACAAAGAUUUGGAAGGCAGAAUUGAAACUGAUACCAAGGUUUUGGAGAUACUAUAUGAGUUUCCUAGAGUUUUUAGUUCUGUCAUGAAACCUGAGAAUAUGAUUGUACCAAUAAAACUAAGCUCUGAUUCUGAAAUUGUACAACAAAGCAUGCAAACAUCAGAUGGAAUAUUGAAUCCCAGCAGCGGAGGCAUCACCACUACUUCUGUUCCUGGAAGUCCAGAUGGUGUCUUUGAUCAAACUUGUGUAGAUUUUGAAGUUGAGAAUGUAGGUGGUAUAGCCAAUAGUACAGGUUUCAUCUUAGAUCAAAAAGAUACAGAUUCCAUUCCUGCAACUAUGGGUCACAUCUCUCUGUCAGAGAGCACAAAUGACACUGUUAGUCCAGUAAUGAUUAGAGAAUGUGAGAAGAAUGACAGCACUGCUGAUGAGUUACAUGUAAAGUACGAACCUCCUGAUACAGCUGUCCUUGCUCAUGAAACACAUAGAGAUAGUGGAGUUAAGAAUGUAGGUGACAUCACCAAUAAAGCAUGUAUGAUGGACACUACAGGUAUGUCCUGUAGUGAUCAUGUAACUGUUGAUAGCCCUUAUGUAGUUGCAGUUAGAAUAGCUGAUGAGACCUCUAUUAAUACACGAAGUUUCUCAAAGUUUGUAGGAAUGAGUGCAGAUGCAACCCCUCUUCAUGUAGCUAGAAGUGGGAAUGACACUGAAGAUUUCAGCAACCCUUCUGCUUGCUCAGAUAUUUAUGCUGAGAGUAUUUCAUCUCAUUUUACAGAGUCAACAGGAAAGUUGAUAGAGAGCUUGUCAGAUUGUGCUUCCUCCUUACCUAUAAAAAAGAUUGCUGGUAGUAAUUAUAACACUUUUUUGGACUCUGAACUCAGUAUGUUAAAUGGGACAAAAGUUCUUUCAGACAGUGCCGUGGGCAUUGACCUGGGUAGUACUGGUGAUACAACAGAAGCAUUGCACGAACUAAGAACUGCUGAAGAGUUCAAAACAAAAGAGCAAGAUGACUCAGGGAAUAUAGAAUUUGGUGUAUCUUUUCCUGAUAGGGAAUCAUUAUCUAUGGAAACAUCCAUCGAACCAAAAGCAACUGAAACUUCUCACACAGAGGGAAUUACUGCCACUGAGGAGAGCUGGGAGUCUAUGUUUAACGAUGAUGGUGACUGCCUGGAUCCACGUCUUCUACAAGAGUUAUCAGGGAAUACCAAGAGCAGAGAGAGCAUCCAGGAACCUAGAUUUGAUUACUACAAUCAUGAAGUUCCUGAUAUUGACCUCAGUGAUUGUGAAUUCCCACAUGUCAUUGAAAUUUAUGACUUUCCCCAAGAAUUUCGUACUGAAGACCUUCUACGGGUUUUCUGCAGUUAUCAAAAGAAAGGAUUUGAUAUUAAAUGGGUGGAUGAUACACAUGCCCUAGGAGUAUUCUCCAGUCCAAUUACAGCUCGUGAUGCGUUGGGUAUUAAACACACCAUGGUGAAGAUUCGUCCCUUGUCACAGGCCACAAGAGCAGCCAAGGCCAAAGCUAGAGCUUAUGCCGAGUUCCUCCAGCCAGCAAAGGAGCGUCCUGAGACUUCAGCAGCCCUAGCCAGAAGGUUAGUCAUCAGUGCCCUUGGGGUUCGAAGUAAGCAGAGCAAAACCCAACGAGAAGCAGAGCUCAAGAAACUGCAAGAAGCCAGAGGUAGGUGAUUAAUUGGCUGGUUCUGAAAGGCCAUCUUUUGGGUCACAAGCCUGAAAGGCAAAGUAAGUAAACAGUAGCCCGCUCACCUAGUUUGAUUAAUUAAAUCACAAAGAACUUCAAACCAUCUCUAUAAGAUAGUAAUAAAUUUAAUCACAGUUCAUACCUUCUGAAAACCUUCUUUAGACUUUCCAUUAUUCUGCCUUAAAGGGCAGUGCGGCAUUGCUGAUUCAUAAUCUAGGUCUUAGGGUAUUUUCUUGGUGUCUUUUCUCCCCUGAUGUCUGAAGUUCAUUUCUAACCACAUUUUUUUUUUUCAUUUUAAUGUGACUUUUUUUCUGUGAUGUAGCGUUUACUCAUUUUUUGGUGUCAAUUGCUGUUUAAUAAACCUACUACCUUUGCCUAGAUCAGAGAUGAAAAUGUUAACCUAGGACUAACUAACUGACCAGGUCGCCAGCUGUUGCUAAAAUAAAUAGUACAUGGUUCCUUGUGUUAACACUUAAUACAUUGAUAAUUAUUCCACUCUCUAGAGUUAAAUGCCCCCUUGUGGGAUUCAGACUGUAUUUUUCCAUAUAUUAUUAUAUAAAUAUUUGGUAAACUUAAAAUCUAAAACUUUGCUAAAAUUAAGAGGUUAUUUAGAUUACUUCUCCUUAAUCUACUAUGUCUGUCACUCUAUAAAAGAAGGGAAUAAGAUUCAUUUGACCAGACACGUUCUUCACAAAGCAUGUUGUCUAUUGUUCUGUAUGUGACUACAGUAGAUUUUGUGAUUAUUUUUCAUAGAUCUAGAAUAAAUUUUGAAAGUCUUUAAUUUACAUCCUCUCUCUGCUUUUUUUAAAACAUGACACCAAACUGGCCCUUUUACAAUCUUCAACGCUUUACAUUCUCUUAUGUAAAGUCUUGACUGCACCGUGAUUGCAGGCAACUCAUUUAAUAUAAUCAUUUCUGUUGAUUGAUUUAUUAUAUCGGAGAAUGAAAGUUUACAGGGCCAGCCAAUGUGAAUGUUUUAGGUCAGUCAUUUUGUGCUGAAUUUUCUAUUUUUUCUUAAUUCCUUGCCCUUGUGUCUACUAUUGGGCUUUCUCUUUAUUCUUUUUUUUUUUUUGAGACGGAGUCUUGCACUGUCCCCUAGGCUGGACUACAGUGGCGCGAUCUCGGCUCACUGCAAGCUCCGCCUCCUGGGUUCACGCCAUUCUCCUGCCUCAGCCUCCCAAGUUAGCUGGGACUACAGGCACCCGCCACUGCGCCCGGCUAAUUUUUUGUGUUUUUAGUAGAGACGGGGUUUCGCUGUGUUAGUCAGGCUGGUCUUGAUCUCCUGACCUCAUGAUCCACCCGUCUCGGCCUCCCAAAGUGCUGGGAUUACAGGCGUGAGCCACCGCGCCCGGCCUCUCUUUAUUCUUUUAAUUGUUGGAGGUGAAGUUAGUAGGAGCUUUGUUUCAUGCAGUUUAUCAGCUAUUAUCUGCUUUCCUUUCUCUUUAAUAAAGGGACAUGUUUCUUUGUCUUUCUGUUUAUACAAUUUUUUUCAUAUUUUUUCCCUUGUAGAUAUUUUCAGAUGUCAGGAUAGUAGAAAGUGUGCUGGUGAAGAAUUAAGGAUCUGGGUCCCAGAUUCAGUUCUUUCACUGGCUGUGUAACUUUAGGCAAGUCAUUUCAGCUCUCUGAGCUUCUGUUUCCUCAUCUUUAAAAUAAAGAAAUUAUUAUUUCCUAUCCUGACCUACAUUUCUCUAUUCUAUUCAUGUUCUUGUAUUUCUAAAUUUACACCUCACAUUUUCACUAUUUCUUUGUGCUUCUCAAUUUGUCUUCCUACUCUUACUAGUUUUUUCAUAUGGCUUACCAUUAGAAUCUAUUUACUUUUAUUAGAAAGUGUUAGGAAAUGUUUCAGGCCGGGCACAGUGGCUCACGCCUGUCAUCCCAGCACUUUGGGAGGCCGAGGUGGGCAGAUUACCUGAGCUCAGGAGUUCAAGACCAUUCUGGCUAGCAUGGCGAAACCCUGUCUCUACUACACAUAGAAAAAAAUUAGCCAGGCAUGGUGGCAUGUGCCUGUUACUCAAGAGCUACUCAGGAGACUGAGGCAUGAGAAUUGCUUGAACCUGGGAGGCGGAGGUUGCAGUAAGCCAAGAUCACACCACUGCACUCCACCCUGGGUGACAGAGCGAGACUGCAUCUCCAAAAAAAAAAAAAAAAAAAAAAAGAGGUUCAGAAUUCUGAACUUUCCAGAUUUUAGAAAGGUAAUAUGGUAUCUGUCUUAUAACGCCAAAAUCAGACACAUUAAUAUUUCUGCAGCACAGUGUGUGACUGUUCACACUAAAUGGGAUAUGUAAAGACUAUAAAUAGCUUCGUAUCCUUUCAAGUUAGAUUUGCCUCCAUCGAUUAAUUUUGGCCCCAAGCUUUAAAGAAAGCAAUAACUUUGUUUUCAGAAUUGUUUUGAUUUUGGAAUUGUGUGUUAUGGGCCUGUUAUAUUUUUCUACUGCUCUUGGAUCUCUUCUCAUAUUACUCUUAAAGAUUUAAGUUUCACACCUUAUUGAAAAAUUGGAGUUCUAAUAAUUUACUUUUCUGGUUUCUUCAUAUUUCCUUGGGAUGUAGAACCAGAUUUUGAUUGCUUUCAUCCAUUGCCUUUAGAUCUCCUCCUAACUUCUCCAUGUUUGUAAGAAUCAAGAGCAUGCUGCCUUCCUAAAAAAUUCUGGAAUCCAUUAGACAAACCAGUUAUCCUUUGUGCUGUCUCCUAGAGAACCCCAGUGCAGUUCAAGGCCUGCCUCAGUUCCAGGGCACUCUACCAGCCUUCAUUUUGCAAUUUGCAGACCACUGUUUUUUGCCUCUUGUAACUUUGCUGCUAUAUUCAGAUAAUGCCACAAGAUGGUGCCCAAAUAGCAGUGAAUUUCUUUUUCUCACAUUUCCAAGUGCCAGUCAGCUUCAUAACUAACUUCUUUGCCCUUAAAGUACAGUCAAAUACAGUAUAGGAAUGUUGUAAGGGAUUCUGCUGAUGAGGAAAGAUGUAUCAGAAUAGCAAGUGUUUAUUCUGAAUUCAUCUCAAUUUCUGUAAUCUCACCUUGGUUCAUGACUCGCUAAACCUUAUACAGGCAUUAUCAAUUUGGAACAGUAAGAAGGAAGCAUUUAGGCUUACCAUCUAUGAUGUAGGCUUAUCCCCAUUUUAUGGUGUCAAGAUAAAUGACUAGCCAUGCAAUUGGAACUGGUAUUGUGGCACCUAAAGGAGCGCUUGGGUCACCAGACUGUUGUAUGGUCCAUAUUUUCUCAGACCUUGGUGAAAGUAUUAAGGAGAACCAAGCUUCUAUAUUAAAAAUUGAAGAUGAAUUAUCCAGAUUUGUAUAUUUUUUGUUUUUAGAAAUAGUUUUAGUUUUCCAUAUUGUAAUUGUAUAUUCCAGAAGAUUUCUGGCUCCUGGAAGUGCUCUGAAAAUAUUGAAAUGUGGUUUGCCUCUGAAAUAUUUUUUCAAUAAAGUUUUAGAGAGGAGAUAUGAGUAAAGCCCAGGGGCUACCAUUUCCAUUUAAGCAACAAAAUAGAAGAAUAUCAAUAUAUAUCCUUGAUACUUAUUGAAAUAUUUGUAAAGAUCAGUAAGCUGAGAAUAAUGGGCAAUUGUGUUGAAGCACUAAACAUAGUUGAAAAGUAGAAUUUAAAUGUGUAUUGGCAAGACUAGAAUCUGAGUCCCUACUAGAUUCUGACUUAUUCCAUAUACUUCUAAUAGCCUCAGAUAUUUUUUAUUAUAUAGUAGUAAAUGUAAUGACUUACAGUAGUAUCAUUUUCACUUACAAAGCACUUAGGAAAUUAAAGGAAUUAACUCUUGUUAUCAGGUAAGAGAGACCAGGAUAUCCACUUGUCUCAUGACUAAAGUUUGCCUUGUAAUUUGGAUUAAGGGAAAGUCAUUGGUUAUAUGAAGUAGACAACUGUGGUUAAUACUGCUCUUAU